CACACAUCCGUGCCAAAUGGGCUGUCAGAUGCGAACUGGAGUAACAAGUGGAUUUGACGUUUAAUUUUUUUUUUCUCUUAAAGCGCUUGGAAACACACACGAGACGAUUCUGAACCCAGACCAUGGACUCCGAUACCAGCCGCGUGUCCAGCAGACCCUCCUCUCCUGAGGUGGAUGACAUAUUCAUAUCCACCUUGAAGAAAUCCGUCCACGGUUUCUCCGGAGCCGUGUCCUCCACGCAGAGUGACUCUCCGUCGGAGGUGCCCAGCCUGCGCGGCCUCUCCGCCAUGGACGAGGAGGCGCUCGCCCUCCGGAUGGCGUCCAAAAAAGACCGCAAACUGCUGUCAGAGAACGAGCUGCAGUCCAUCCGCCUGAAGAUCAACAGCCGAGAGAGGAAAAGGAUGCACGACCUGAACGUGGCCAUGGACGGGCUCCGGGAGGUCAUGCCCUACGCGCACGGACCGUCGGUGCGUAAACUCUCCAAAAUCGCCACCCUGCUGCUGGCGAGAAACUACAUCCUGAUGCUGAGUAACUCACUGGAGGAGAUGAAGCGGCUGGUGAGCGAAAUCUACGGCAGCAGCGGCCACCACGGAGGCUUCCACCCGUCAGCCUGUGGGACUAUGACGCACGCGGGGCCGGUGCCAGGACACCCGGCGGCUUCCCACGCUUCACACCCGGCGGUGCACCACCCGCUGCUCCCCCCGGCGGCUGUGUCCACCGCCUCUCUGUCCGCGCCCGGUAUCUCCGCCGUCACAUCGGUCAGGCCCCAUCACGGACUCCUCAAAGCGCCCGGAGCCGGCGCCGGGCCCCUGGGCAGCAGUUUCCAGCACUGGGGCGUCGGUACCGGGAUGCCGUGUCCGUGCAGCAUGUGCCAAGUCCCGCCUCCGCAUGUGUCCAGCAUGAGCAGCGUCACCAUGCCGAGGCUGGCCAGCGACUCCAAGUGACUGUGGUGCGAACGGGAGCCGGCUCUGCGGGCCCCCACAGACUCUUCCACAUUGUUGAGCUUUUUAUUUAUCUUUGUUGCUGCAUCCGUCACACCUCGGACGGAGUCACACACAAAGGCACUGACUUUUCCUUUCUGGGAAUUUGGGGUUUUGCAACUAACUUAGUAUGUUCUGGUCAUUAACCUCAGUUGUAACAGGUGUUUCUCCCCUGAGCUCAUAAAGCACAAAGUCCUGCUUACUACUGUAAAUCUUUAAUAACAGGUGUUUGUUAUUGAAAGAUUUAGUUGCCUUUCCGUUUUCGGGCGUUUUGCCGGGAGAAAAGUGCCCAACUUGAAUCAAACCACGACUAUAGAGUGUAAAUAUGUAGAUGGAUCAUUCUGUUGAAAUAGUCGGAGAUAUUAUUAUUAUUAUAUAUAUUAGAGUGUUGUCAAAGUGGGGGAGACCCCCCUACCCCUCACAUGUUGCACCUGCUUUAUUCUAUCAGUCUCAUUCAUGGUUUUUCUGAUUAUUUUCUCCUCAGUAGGAUGUCAUUCACUGCACGAAGCAACGGAUGACCAUUUCUUUAUUUUUUUAAUAAAUGUUUUUUAAAUAUUUAUUUACUUAUUUCGGACUGGGAUUUCAGAUUCUCUGACUAUGUUGGGGCUGGAAAUGUGAAAUAAAGAUUAUUAACUGAAAGAGCAA